UACAGCCUGUACAUGGUCAGCGGAUUGAGAACGAAAACAGAGUUUUGACAGUUGAAGGAUGCAAGUACAGCGAGAUCCUUCCGGUUACUGGAAAAUGGCGCACGAUCCUUACUGUUUAGAAGAAAAGAUAAUAUCAGAUCUUGAAGCAAUAAUGAAAAAAGAUCCUCUUUUAGAGGAGUUCGACGUCAUUCCUGUAACUGAAGCUAAAAAUCGCUCGCCAGUCAUCCAUAUCUCCCAUAACCUCGGAAUUGAAGUUUGGUGCAUUAAAACAGUCUUCAUGUACUGCUACGAAAAUAGCUUCAAGUUGGAGCCUUUGUGGAAAAAGGAAUAUCUAAGGCUGGAAAGAUAUACAAAAGCAGCAUUAUUGCUAAAUGCCAACAUAACUACAUUAUGGAAUAUCAGAAAGAGAUUAAUUACUAAUCAUUUUCUGGAUGUCGAUUGUGAUUUUCUACUCACUAAGUUAGUACUAAGUCAAAAGCCAAAAUGUUUCGAAGCUCUCUCCCACAGGCGUUGGCUACUCCAGCAAGCUUCCAGCUCCAACCCACAUUGGGUUGAGACAGAAUUGUCUCUCUGUGAUAGGCUCUCCAGCCGAAUGAAAUGCAACUACCAUGCUUGGUCCCACAGACAGUGUGUGUUUUCUCAAGCUAUCAAGCAGCAAGGCUUCAGUCUUACCACGUGGGCAUCUGAAUUUGAAGUUUCUGACGUUUGGACCAAAUGUCAUCUGUCCGAUCAUAGCGGGUGGCACUACCGAAAAUUCCUUCUUGAUCAGUUCAGAAAAAAUUUAGAUAAUAUUGAACAGCACAUGGAUGUCGCAAGGAAGCUUUGGAGUAACGCUACUGGCACAACAACUUCGACACAGCUCUACAUGGAACUAUUGAACGAAGAGCUACAGAAAAACGAAGAUUUGAUCUUGAGUUUCAAUGCCCACGAAACUCUAUGGUAUUACCGGCGAUUCCUCCUACAAGCUGGAACAAUCAAUCACUCCGAGAACCUUUUUCUUGAAAAAUGUCGUAACUCCAAUCAAAGUAAUUGCAAAAAAGCUGCUGCCACUAACUUUGACGGUGUUCAAAUGAGAUACAUAGAGCACCACCGGCGAUGGCUGUCAGAUUUCUGUUUAUAAAUAAUAAUCGUUUUGAUUUAGGAUUUCGUUUGUAUAAAGACUGCUAAUAAUAAAAACCGUCAUCCAAGACGGUUAAGCUAUUUAAA